AGAGAGUCUGAAACAGAACGGCGAGUCGAUCGGACUGUGCAGGAGUGCAGCGUUUCAGCGGCUCUCCCAGCUUCGGCCAUGGGCGAUGUGAUAUCUACUCACCUGGAUGAAAACCGGCGACUUUUCAUCUCAGAAAGAACUGGGAAGAUUCUGGAUGAGUUUUUUCAAUUCUAUGAGGAACAGUAUCCACUGGCUCUCUUUAAUAAGAUUCGAUAUGAGGUUGAAGAGAAUGGUGGACCCCAGCCUCAGCUUCUUCAAAGAAAGACUCCAUUAAAGGAUAAAAUUAUCUUUUCUGGCAAUCUCUACCAAUAUUUGGAAGUAAACAGAAAGUGGAAGAAUAGACAUUUUGUUAUACGUGAUGACUACAGUGUGGAGUACUAUGACGGCAAAAUGGCCUUUGACAGAGGGUCUAGUCCAAGGGGAAUUAUUAAUUCUGCAGGCUACAAGGUAUUGAAGUCAAUGGAUCAGUACUUGGAGCUGGUUAGCAACAGUAUGCCAGGAAUCAAAGGAAAAGCAAGCAGUUCUCCAUUUCUGAGAUGGCCAACAGAAUACCGCACCAUUUUGUGGCAUCCAUAUGGACAUCACUACUACUUUUGUGUUGUAUCAGAGAAAGAGCAACAGAAGUGGCAUGCUGUUUUUCAGGACUGCGUACGCCAUCAAAAUAACGGAUUACCUGAAGAUUGCAAAGUGGAGACUCCAGCAUUCACAGACGCUGUCCGCCUGUAUCGCCAGUCAAAAGAUCAGUAUGGCACCUGGGAUAUGCUGUGUGGUAAUCAAACACAGAUUAUAACUAACUUAGUGAUGGAGGAACUUCUUCCAGAACUGGGAGCAAUGAUAUAUCCAAAAUUAAAGGGUAAGCUGCAUGAACGUCAGAAGGCCUGGAUCUUGAUUACAGAAGCUGCACAGAAGAUGGUUUUGGAACAGACAAAAGCCCGAUAUGAAGCUGUUUUGAAAAAGUGCGAACAUGCCCGUUCUGGAUUAGAAAGCAGGAUUCGUCCAGAUAUGGAUCAAAUUAUUAGUUCAAAGGAACAUGUGACAAGCAAGCUAAGAGUAUUUGUCAUGCCAAAAGCUGAAGCUUGUGUUCGGAACAAAGUGCAACCAUGUAUCUCCUCCAUUCUUGAAGCUUUGAUGGGUCCAACAAGCAGAGGCUUCGCCGAAGUCAGGGAUUUAUUUUUCAAGGAAAUUGUAGAAAUAAAUAAAAAUAUUUUGAAUGAAGGAGGGAAGCAAAAGCUUGGGGAGUACAUGGAGAAGCUAAGCUUGCUACCUUAUCACCCAGUGAAGAUGCAGAACUGUUAUGAGCAACUUGAACAGCUGCAGCCACAGCUCAAGGAACUUCAGCAACGUUUCGAUCUCUCCAGUCCAGUAGUCUUUGUCCAGCGUGGUCAGAUUCUAUUGAGAGAGAUUUUGGAUAAUACAGUGUAUACAUUUGAACAACUUCUGCACCAAAGUCUCAAUAACUCCUCUGAGAAGGAACAGAUUUGCCAGACAAUCCAACGCAUUCAAGAGAGAGUAUUAAAGAAAUAUGACUAUGACAGCAGCAGUAUCAGAAAGAAGUUUUUCCGAGAGGCAUUACUCCAGAUCACUGUUCCUUACCUGCUGAAGAACCUCUCUGCCUCUGUCAACACAGCUCUACCUAAAUUUCAGGAAUUCAUCUUCGAAGACUUUUCCAAGUUUAUCCUGGUUGAUAAUAUUUUUGAGGAAGUGGUGCUCCAGUCUGUCUCCAAAGAUAUAAUGCUGGCUGUGAAGGAAGCAGCUGUCCAAAGAAAGCACAACCUCUUCAGAGACAGCAUUGUAAUGUCUGGCAGUGACCCCAACCUGCUGCUUCUCGGAGAAGGCCAGAACAUCAACUGGAACAGUGAGAUGGCCAAUCAAGAAAGCAGCAAUAUGGAAAAGGCAUUUGAGAAACGGAAACGAAUGAAGCAGGUAGUCUCCAUGAUUCAGGAUGAUGGCAUUUCACGUCCUGAUGAAGUUGAAGUUAUAACAAAUGUCAAACAAGCAGACGAGACACAGCACGAUGAAACCAGUGGCUCUUCAGAAUUUUGCAGUCCAGUCAAAUCACCUGACAGUGUCAAAGAGAUUCGCAACCUAUUAACCAUAGGCAAAAUAGAAACAACUGAAGCAGAUAUUGGAGUAGACAGUUCCUUGACCAAUGGAACUGUUUGCACGGAUGAAAUGGUGCCCGAGAGGAAUCCUGAAGAAAUUGAGAACAAGAUCCUCAAAAAGCAAGUCCAAGAAUCAGGAGAGUCUUCCACUGACUGCGACAUCAGAUCUUCUCCUACUGAGCAGACAGAAAAUGGUAUCAGCUCAUCAGAAAUCACCUUGCAUGAAUUAAAUGAUAAGUCACACCAAGAAAAAGUGACUGCCAACCAACAAGAUGAUUCUAGUGACAAAGAAGCGGGAGAGGAAGUUACUUCAAAGAAUAAUGAUACGGCAAGAGAUUCUCAUGAUAUACAGAGUCAGGCAGAAAAAUCAGAAUCCUAAUUGCAGAAAAAAGCAACAUUUCACUGCAGUCAGUACCAUAAUGAUUAUUCAAACAGUUUGGCUUUCAACCAAGAAUGCAUUCGAAUACAUCAGUAAUAACACAGGGUACUGACGGUACACCUACUUUCAGUAGAAAUGUGACCAGUGUUUGAUAGUGAGUUCAGGAAUUUGGAGGUUAUUCUGAAUGUCAAUCCUGUGUAUUCUGUUUGAAGGUUUUGCAACACAUGUUAUCAAAGUGUCCUUAUUGUAAUUUUACUUUAUUAUCUUGUGGCACUUCAAAUAUUUUAAUGAACCCAUUUAGCUAUGGUUUAUUUCUAAAUGUUCAUCUUUUACCAUUGUAAUUUUUUUCAUCAAAAAUCAUAGUCAGUUGUCAGGUUCAUACAAUCAGAAUUCCACAUAAGUCCUUAGUUGCCAAUUAUUCACUCUACUAUGGUAUUCAAAAAUGAAUUCUCUUGAUUCACUGAAGAAAGAUUUAAUUAUCACUUAGUGGUAAGGUAUUCUUUUAUACAAUAAAAAUAUUGCUCGUGGUUGUCAACAUUAUUGGGAAUUAUCACAUAUUAUGAAAUUUUACACUUUUAUAUCAAUAUCUGACAGAAGUAUAAUGACCUACUUACAGAAGGUACUUGAAACCAAAGCACACCCUCUGGAAUGAGGUUACAUGUAGUAAGUAACUGCAAUUGUUAUGUAAUCAAUAAUGUUCCAUUGUUUCUGAAUCUUGUGUCAUAAAAUCCUACAAAAAUUGUCCAAUAAUUAACUAUAUUGAGAUAGCCAUCAAAUUCCAUCUUUCAAAAUUGGAAGCUUUUAUUCUAUCUAAAUUACCAACGUUAUUACUAUGAUAAUAAAUAAAGUAGUGAAGGGCAAAUAAACUUUUAAUUGAAUUGUAAAUGAUCACAGAAAACCAUAGCAAAUGUUGAAUAGAAUCUCUGGUUAAAUCUUUCUGAAAUUUAAAAACACAUUAUAAAUUGUGCUGCUUACCUAACUAUUAAUUUUUCAGGAGAGACAACUGGGGUAUAUGUUCAUUUUCACUUAUAUCUGUAUGGUAACCAAAACAACAAAUAUAUUAUAAGCAUGCAAAUCUAGCCAGUGAAAUGUUAAUAACAGAUAUUGCUGGAUAGGGGCGAUAGGGGCUCAAUUUAUUGAACCUAAUGCAUUUUACCAGUUGUGUGCCUUGAUUUUUAGUGCAAAUAUUACAUGACCUACCUGCUGCCAGGCUUAUUAGAAAAUUACUUUUAUUUAAGAAAAUUUUAUUUCGUAUUAUUUAGCUUGAUCAGUUAUUUAACUAUAAAACAUUGGCAGUUUGCUUGGGAAUAGUAGUUAAUGUUUCUUGGCAAAGUCUUUUGAAUGGAACUAAGGGGACUUUCCAUUGUAUCCUAAUCCAUGUUCAACAGCUUAUGCUGACCGAAUAAGGAGAAUGAAUUUAAGAUGAAUAAUUGUUUAAUUUAAUUUUAUUUUAUCUGUAUGCAGUGAUAUUUAAAUAAUCUCACAUAGAGGCAGUUUCUUAUUUAACACCUCACUUUGCUCUUUUAUUAUUGAGGGGUUUCAGCUUGAGGGGUUUUAAAAAUACUACCAAUAAUUAUGGUAUCUGUUUAUUCAUUCCCAUAGAUGCUCUAAGUAUAUUAAAUCACUUUUUACAAAGUAUGGAUUUAAUAAAGUUUUCAU